AUGAUGAUGAUGUGGAUGAUGUGGACGAUGUGGAUGAUGACUUCACGAGACCACCGACGGCGGACAGACUUGAAGACCUUGGCGGCCUCUCACACACCCCGGUGGGUGCUGGCGGUCUUACGCACUCAAUGUAGCACCAAUCCCAAUCUCGGGCAAUUGACUCGUAUCGGCCAACGUUGUCUCAAGUCUCAACGAAGAGAUGAUUGCAUUAAUUCUGUGUCUACUGCUGAAGAUAACUAUAAUGAUUCUAAAUCUAUGUCUAAUCAUGUGGCACACAACACAUCUACAACUGAUUCUACAUCUACCUCUAUUAAUUUGUCUUCACAAAUUUAUACAAAUGAUAUUGCUUGCUUUUUAUCAAACCAAAGACUGAAACAAUCUGAAAUUGCUAAAUGCUUAAAGCUUGCUUGGGUACCUCCACCUGAUUUUGCAUUUCCAGAGAAGAUAGAAGGAAAGCAAAAAAGGAAGUUUCAGUACAAAUAUUUAACAACAUUUCCUUGGCUAGCCUAUAGUCAUCAAAAAGAAGGCGCAUACUGUAAACAAUGUAUAUUGUUUGCUUUUUCUGGUGGUGGAAUAGCAAAUCAGCGUUUGGGAAAAUUGGUUACUGAACCCAUGGUGAAAUUUAAAGAUGCCAUUAAUGAAUUCAAAAACCAUGAAAAAAAGGAAUACCAUCUUCUUGGAGGUAGUAAAGCUGUUGACGUUCUUCUUGAUAAACAUAAACAACAAGUAAUUGAUAGCAAUCGAAAGAGGAUUGUACCAAUUAUAAAAACAAUUCUAUUUUGUGCAAGAAAUAAUUUGCCAUUACGUGGGCAUAGAGAAUCUGGUUUGUUGUCAUCAAGUGAAAUUAGAAGUAGUUGUUUGAAUGGCGAACAAGGAGUUUUUCGUGCACUUCUUUCGUUUCGAGUUGAAUCUGGUGAUACAGCACUUCUGAACCACAUUGAAACUUCACCAAAAAAUUGUACAAUGAUCAGUUCUAGAAUACAAAAUGAAAUCAUAGUUGCGGUUGGAGAUGUGAUAGUAGGAAAAAUAGUAGAACGAAUCAAAAAAUGUAAAUUUUUUUCAAUACUGGUGGAUGAAACGACAGAUAUUAGUACAAUUGAACAAAUGACUGUGUGUAUAAGAUAUGUAGAUACAUCUUGCUGGAUUAUACGAGAAGAUUUUGUAGGUUUUGUUGAAAUGAACUCAACAACAGGUUUAACAAUAAAAAAUUCAAUUUUAGAUAAGCUUAAAGAUAUUGGCUUAAGUAUAAAUAACCUCAGAGGGCAGGGAUAUGAUGGUGGUGCAAAUAUGUCGGGGAAAAAUAAUGGUGCUCAAGCUCUAAUUCAAAAUGACCAACCACUUGCUUUCUACACACAUUGUUUCAGCCAUUCAUUAAACCUUUGUCUGUCUAAAGCUUGUAAUGUUCCAUCUAUUAAAAAUAUGUUGGGAAUUGUGUCUUGUGUUGCUACUUUUUUUAGUGCAUCUGCAAAAAGAGCUGAUAAACUUAAGUCAGUUAUUGAAGCGGACACAACUAGUAAUUCUGAACAAAGUAAAAAAAUGAAAUUAAAGAAACUGUGUGAAACUCGGUGGGUGGAACGUCAUGAUGCUCUAAUAACAUUUAAGAGUUUAUACAUAUACUUGGUUCAUGCACUUGAAGAUCUACAGAAUGAUACUAAUCUUGAAACUUCUUGCAAAGCCACAUUGUACUUAAAUUCUAUUAUGAAAAGUGAUUUUUUAGUGUCACUUGAAGUCACUGUUACUGGUUUUUCAUAUACAUUGCAACUUAGUAUAUCAUUGCAAAGUAAGCAGCAAGAUUUGUCAAAGGCAUUGUCUGAUAUAAUGGUAAUUCGAUGCGCAUUAGAGGAACUUCGAGAAAAUGCAGAUGUUAAUUUUAAAAAAAUGUUUAAAGAUAUCGUUGAAUUUGCAGCAAAAGUUGAUGUCGAAAUAACUUUGCAUACACGAUUUGAUGAUAGACUAUCUGAUGUUAUGCCUCUGGAAGGACUGAUUCCAUCAAAUUUUAGUUUUUAUGAUGAUGACUCUAUUUUAAAGGCAGCUAUGAUUUAUGAUAAAGAUCUUAAAUAUAGUGAUAGUUCAUGUCUUAGAGCUGAACUACAUAUGUGGAGAUGUCAGUGGUAUAAUAAUGAUGACAAACCACAAUCAGUUAUUGAUACACUACCUCACUGUACAAAUCUAUUACCAAACAUCCAGGUGCUGUUAAGACUAUUUGCCACUUUGCCAAUUACUUCUGCUACACCAGAAAGAACAUUUUCAACAUUGAAACGUUUGAAAUCCUACUUAAGAUCAACCAUGACAGAAGAACGUCUUAAUGGAUUAGCUUUAGCAAAUAUAAAUAAAAAAGAAAAUAUAACCGAAUUGGAAAUUAUACAACAAUUUUCAAAAACAUCACCGAAACGACUACAAUUAGCAGACUGGACCAAAUAA